GGAGAAACCGUAUCGCCAUCAUCGCAGGUUUUCUGUUAAAGUUUCUUCAAAUUCAAGCGAACGAAGCUGUGGUGAUUGAAUCGAUCUAUGGCGAAAGGUGCGGAUUCGGAUGAGUUUUUGCUUCUUUCUAGGGUUCGGACGGGUCUCAAGAGGGAGUUUGCAUUCGCCAUGAAGGCUCAAUCCGAGAUCUGUGGUGGUUCUUUGGGUCGAACCAGGGCCAGUAAGAACCGGAAUGGAGUUGUUCCGGUUCAGACCGCUCCGGCCGGCAAGAGGUCCAGGAAGUCCGGUUCUUUCGAGGGAGCGCUGGAAAAUUCGGAGGAUGUGGUUGAUGCAACGAGCGAGGAGGAAGCUAAAAGCGACGUCGUUGAUGUCACGAGCGACGACGAACCCAAGAACCAAGUGGGAGAAUCCGCUGCAAUGCCCGUAUGCGAAGAGGAGCCGAAGAAUGAUGUUGUGGAAACUGUGAUCAACGAAGAGGAGCCGAAGAAUGAUGUUGUGGAAACUGUGAUCAACGAAGAGCCUCGUACGGUUGAAUCUUUGAAGGAAGAAGAGGUUAUGGAUGGCAUGGUGGUGCCAGUUUGCGAUACCGUGGUCAAAGAGGAACAAUGCACUAUUGAGACAACCCCUGUUUCGGUUAUUGUUGUUGCUGCUGAUGAUGAUGAUAAGGGGAAGAAAGUGUGUAUGGAGAAGCCGCUGAGGCGGUUUACACGGUCAGCAUUGAAGCAAAAAUCUGAUGAAACAGAGGUAAUAACUUAUGGGGAAAAUGCUAAUGCUGAUGCUAGUGCUCUAGCUGUUGGAAUUGAUGAUAAUGUUAAAAGGGAAACUGAGCCUGCCCUUUUAAGAACCGUUCCAACGCCAAUAAAAAUGACCAAGACUACCUCGAAGAAGUUCCCUACAAAGCUAAAGGAUCUUUUGGCGACAGGGAUUCUUGAGGGGCUGCCAGUGAAGUAUGUCAGGGGAAUGAAGGCACGAAGACCUGGUGAAACAGGCCUCCGAGGAGUGAUUAGUGGCGCUGGGAUUUUGUGCUAUUGUGAGAUUUGUAAGGGGGUUGAGGUAGUCACACCCACUGUGUUUGAGCUGCAUGCUGGUAGUUCAAACAAACGUCCCCCAGAGUAUAUUUACCUUGAGAAUGGUAAUACCCUCCGCGAAGUCAUAAAUGCCUGUUGGAGUGUUCCAUUGGAUACCUUGGAGGAAGCCAUACAAAAGGUCCUCGUUGGCUUCACUAUGAAAAAAUCUAUCACCUGUUUUGGCUGCAGAGGGUCUAUUUCUGAUGCAUGCAAUGCUGUCUCAAGACUAGCAUGUGAUUCAUGCGUGGGAUUGAAAGACUCUCAACCUAGCCCCCCUCAAACAGCUGUGGCAAGCAGUAAAAGUGCUUCACCAGCAGUUCAACCUAGGUAUCAGUUCAACCUAGGAUUGAAAGACUCUCAACCUAGCCCCCCUCAAACAGCUGCAGCAAGCAGUAAAAGUGCUUCACCAGCAGUUCAACCUAGAUCACCAGAACCAGUUGUGGUUUCAAAACCAGUUGUCGUUCCAAAGUCAUUAAACAAUGGGAUGAAGCACAGUACAUCUCGUGGUAAGAGUCAAGGAAGACUAACUAGAAAGGAUUUACGGUUGCACAAGUUGGUAUUUGAAGAAGAUGUGUUGCCCGAUGGAACUGAAGUAGCCUACUAUGCUCAUGGAAAGAAACUAUUGCUUGGUUACAAAAAGGGAUUUGGAAUUUUUUGUACCUGCUGCAACUCCGAGGUCAGUGCCUCUCAGUUUGAAGCUCAUGCUGGCUGGGCAUCUCGACGCAAGCCUUACCUUCACAUAUACACAUCUAAUGGAGUCUCACUCCAUGAGUUGUCUAUCUCUUUAUCAAAAGAUCGGAGAUUUUCUAGCAAUGAUAAUGAUGACCUCUGCAGCAUAUGUCAAGAUGGAGGGGAUCUUUUGUGUUGUGAUGGAUGCCCAAGAGCAUUUCACAUAGAUUGUGUUCCUCUUCCUUGCAUUCCAAGUGGUACUUGGUAUUGUAAGUAUUGCCAGAAUCUUUUCCAAAAUGACAAACAUGGGGAAAACAAUUUGAAUGCUCUGGCAGCUGGAAGGAUCGCAGGAACUGAUCCUUUAGAACAGAUAAACCGAAGAUGCAUUCGUGUUGUCAAAACUGUAGCUGUUGACCAUGGUGGAUGUGCCUUGUGCAGAUGUCAUGAUUUCAGUAAAAGCUUUGGUCCUCGGACGGUAAUUAUUUGUGAUCAGUGUGAGAAGGAAUAUCAUGUAGGGUGUUUGAAGGAUCAUAACAUGCAGAACCUUGAGGAAUUGCCAGAAGGAAAUUGGUUCUGCAGUACAAACUGCAAUCAAAUUCAUUCUACUCUAAUGAAUUUGGUGGCUUGUGGUGAGAAGAAUCUCUCAGAUUCCCUUCAAAGUUUGAUUAAAAAGAAGCUUGAAGAAAAAGGUUUAGACAAUGGGGUUGGUCUUGAUAUUAAAUGGAGGGUUCUCAACUGGAAAUUAUCUGCUUCUGUUGAAACUAGGCAAUUGCUUUCGAAGGCUGUUUCCAUCUUCCAUGAAAGGUUUGAUCCGAUAGUUGAUUCUACUUCUGGUCGUGAUUUUAUUCCAACAAUGCUGUAUGGAAGGAACAUCCGGGGUCAAGAUUUUGGUGGAAUGUACUGUGUGCUGCUCACUGUCAAUCAAGUUGUCGUGUCUGCUGGAAUAUUUCGUGUCUUUGGGCCAGAAGUAGCAGAGCUUCCGUUAGUGGCUACAGUUGCUGAUUACCAAGGACAGGGCUAUUUUCAGUGCCUGUUUUCUUGCGUUGAGGGACUACUUGGAUCUUUAAAUGUGAGAAACCUUGUACUACCGGCUGCUGAUGAAGCUGAAUCAAUAUGGACCAGCAAAUUUGGGUUUACAAAGCUAGACCAAGAAGAGAUAAACAAUUAUAAGAAAUUUUAUCACAUGAUGAUAUUUCAAGGGACCUCGGUACUACAGAAGCCUGUUGCUGCACUCUGAAGUGCUUUUUGCCACUCUGGAGUCUGUGUAAAGUUUUUUGGAAGUCUCCAUGUGAAAUGGCCUUUGUUUUUGGUUGGUUUGCUGGGUGCUGAACACACUCGUUUAGUAUGUACAGGGUUAUGCCUUUUUUGGUGUACAGAAAAACAGAGCACUUUCUCUGGCUGUUAUUAAUUUUUUUUUUUGUAGCAAAGAAAUGAAACGAGUUUAGGGUUUAAAAUACAGGAAACCGGGACAAGGGAUUUUGAGAAACUUGCCAAAAUUUUGGUUUAUGUUAAAUUCAUUUAUUAGUCGCCAUAGAGCGGUUUCAACGUGAUUCU